ACCACCAAUAUGUUGGCAAGGCGACUGGCCGACUACGGGUACAGGGGGUUCUCUGCCACGAUGAUGGUGUUGACUCUCUACGGGGGAUACCUGUGCGUGAUGCGUGGAUACCGUUUUUCCCAGCGACAAAAAGAGCUCAAAAUAGCUGCAGAAAACCAGGACCCUGACGUCCUAAAGGACUGACGUUAUAACAUAACAGGAAGGGAUAUGUUAAUUCCUUAAAUUUGUCCAUCGCAAAAAUCAAGGACAAAAUUCUUGGACUUAAAUAUGAUCGCUUUAUUUUGGGUUUUUCGGUUUGCUGAAAUGAAAAUGUCUUCAGCGCAUCUCCCAAAUCCAUCUGUAAUGAUGGGGAUGGCAAGGAUCAAUGCUGUCUAUGUACAACUGGUUGUAAUUUAAAGUUAUUAAAUGUCUUUAACAAUUA